GUUGGAAAUAGCGGUCGGCCAUCUUUGAUACUGUCAAGAUCUGUUAUAGCUUCUUUUGAAACCCCUAUGGCUCAAUGGUUCACUUAGACAACAGCCUCAACUACCAGUAAUUGAUGGAAAUGGAUUACACAGCAACCCAAAGUGGGUUCAGACAGCGUAAGUUAUGUACGUUGAAGUAUUAUUGAUCCUAAAAUGAGGAUGAGGAACACGACUAUGGAUGGGGCCAACUCCGGCCAGCUGUUUGACGACACCAGUGUGCCGCCUGGGGUGCAGGCCGCCGGGUCCCCAGGGCAGGAUGUUGGAGCUAUGGCCUACCCUGGCCAGACCCUCCUCUCAGACCCCAUGUCCAACCUGGCCGUGGCAUACGGAAGCAGCCUGGCCAGCCAUGGCAAAGACUUGGUUGACAAAAAUCUGGACCGUUUCCUCCCCAUCUCUAAGCUGAAAUAUUACUUUGCUGUGGACACCUUGUACGUGGGCAAGAAGCUGGGCCUGCUGGUCUUCCCCUACAUGCACCAGAAUUGGGAAGUGAGCUACCAGCAGGACACGCCAGUGGCUCCACGCUUCGAUAUCAACGCUCCUGACUUGUACAUUCCAGCGAUGGGUUUUAUCACAUACAUCCUGGUGGCUGGGUUGGCGUUUGGAACGCAGAACAGGUUUAGCCCUGAGAUCCUGGGCAUGCAGGCAAGCUCCACCCUGGUGUGGCUCAUCAUGGAGGUACUGGCGGUCCUCCUGAGUCUCUACUUGGUCACGGUCAACACAGACCUCACCACUAUAGACCUCGUUGCCUUCUCUGGGUACAAAUAUGUGGGCAUGAUUGUGGGGGUCGUGGCGGGGUUACUGUUCGGGCCGACCGGCUACUACCUGGCGAUGUUGUGGUGCUGUAUAUCCAUCUUCGUCUUCAUGAUCCGCACGCUGAGACUGAAGCUCCUCUCUGAGGCCGCGGCCCAAGGCGUGUUGGUCCGUGGGGCCAGGAACCAGCUGCGGAUGUACUUGACCAUGUCCAUCGCCGCUGCCCAGCCUGUAUUUAUGUACUGGUCGACUUAUCACCUGGUCAGGUAGGACCACAAGCCGAGCGUUUCAUCCGUCAAGACACAACCUCUCAAUGGGACGAUGAGGCUGUCCUCUGACCACCGCCGUUCGCUGUGGGGGUGCGGGACACCUGCACGGAUCGAAUGAAGACGCACGGAUGGCCGAGUCUCUCAGCACAAGUGUAUCAGUGGCUGUCUUUUCUAUUUCUUUUUUUUGCGAUUGCAUAAGAAGGACCGUUGGAUGGCUUUUCAAGAUGGGUUUAUUGUGUAAUUUGUUAAUUAUGUUUUGUAAGCACCUGUGAAUGUGGUUGUAUGUUAGCAGUCUAGUUGGGGUUGUGAAUGUCGAAGCUUUGACUGAGUCAUGGAAGAAAGCAUAGUUGAGGUAAAUUUAAUGCCUAUGUAAGGAUCUUUUUUUUUAUAUAUAUAUAUAACUAAACCUCAUAGCCCGCAUGAUCUUGUUUCCAAUGGCAGGCUCUGGAAGCUGACUAGGCAAAACCUAGAAAAGGAGGCGGGCAGAGGAAAAUACGAGCUAGCAAUAUUCUGUUGCGCAAAUAAUCAGCUUGUGCAUGUUUCAACACCUACUGUGUGCAAUAAAUACAAUCGCUCUGCACUCAUUCUGAACAAGGGUAAAGAUGCGUUGUCCAGUCUGGAUAACAUUCUCUUGUUACAGGAAACUAUUCAGAUCCGAUGUUUUAUCGUUGGGAAAGUCUGCAGGACGUGUGCCCAGUUUAAUCUUGCUCCGUAGGCUUCCUCUGCCUGACCUCUGGGCUUCAUCCCUUCAUGGGAAAUGGAAAUUGCGAGCCGACGCUUCAGAUUUAUGCAUCUGCUGGGCUAUCUGGCUCUGUGUCCAUCUCAGGCCUAAGUGUCUACUGCAAGAACUGAUGUCUUAGCAAAAUUGCUGUCCUGCUGAGUUGAGUCCCUCAAAUUUGUUACAUACAUUUUAUGUUUUCACGUUUUUAAAUAGUGAAAACGCCUUUUGUCCAUAAAUCUGAUGUCUAGACUCUGCAAACUGAAGGCUAAAUUAAAGGUGUCUAUUUUUUUUUUUAAGACGCUUGAUCAAAAUACAUUAGCGUAUGACACGGUUAUUAAUAUUGAGGUCAAACCGAAAUAAGGAAAGAGUUUUGAUAGUUUCAUUACAUUUUAAAUGUAAACCUAAUUAUUACCGGAAAUGUGACUACAGUUUUGUUUAGCCAUGCCUCAUUUGCUGUGUGGAAACGUAAUGACUUGGAUUCUCUUGUGCUUUUUACAACAUGUGAAAUAAACUGAAACUGGAAUACUGA